GCGACGUUAAACACGAUGGACUUCUGUGAUAAAGUAGUUGUGAUAACCGGUGCUAGUUCGGGCAUCGGUGCUGCGGCUGCGUUAAUGUACGCUAAGCAAUCCGCCACUCUCGUUCUCGUCGGAAGAAAUGAAGCCGCACUUAGAAAUGUAGCACAAGACUGCGAAGCUGCCAAUAAAAAGAAGCCCCUGAUCGUUCCUGCGGAUUUAACUAUUGAUGAUCACGUGAAUAAGAUAGUCGCUAAAACCAUAGAAACUUUCGGAAAAAUUGAUGUUUUGGUAAAUAAUGCAGGCGUUGGAUACCGCGGAGGUAUUACUGACGGUAUAGAAUUAUAUGAUAAAGCGAUGGCUACCAACAUGCGACCGGCUUACCUACUCACCAGUCUCUUCACUCCGCACCUUAUUAAAACUAAAGGUAACGUGGUCAACGUUUCCAGUGUUGCUGCGUUGCGACCCAUAAAGGACAUUGAAUUUUUACCUUACUGCAUUUCAAAAGCUGCUCUUGAUAUGUUCACAAAAUGCUCUGCUUUGGAACUAAGCCGCAAAGGAGUCCGUGUGAAUUCCGUGAAUCCAGGUGGAACGAAGACUCCGUUCGUGGAAGCAGCAGGAUUUAGUAAAGAUCAAGCAUCACAAAUACAUGAAGGGAGGAAAGACAUAUAUCCACUGGGCAAGGUGGCGCAGAGCGAGGAUGUUGCUGACCUGAUUCUUUAUCUUUCUAGCGAUCGGGCCCGCAGCAUUACGGGCAGUAUUUAUGUCAUAGAUAACGGAGAAAUGCUUGUGUGAUAUUUUAUGGCGUUGCUACAAUUUAAGUGUGUAAUUGACUUAAUAAAGGCAUUAGAUUAAAAUCUUA